AUGGAGAGAAUGAGAGAGGGACCAUCGUCAAACUUGGUGUGUUUAUUGUUUGGUAUUGCUUCUGUUGUGUUGUUGUUGAGCUCAAACAAUGUUAAUGGGUUACGAGACUUAAAGGAGAGAGAUGGAAAUGAGAGUCGGUCUAUGAGUGGCACUACGUCUUCACCCGUUUUGGACUCCAAUAAUUUUUACACGAAUGUUUCGACCGUUGGGUUUGAAAAUGCCUUAGUUGGUGGAAGUCGCAAUGCAAACAAGUGUAGAAAUUGUGAGCCACGAGGUGGAGGUGGAGGAGGUGGUGGUGGAGGAGGUGAUGGUGGAGCCAGAGAAGAAAAUACCCACAAAAAGAAAAAAAGAAACAGUGGCGGUGGAGGUGGAGGUGGAGGUGGAGGCGGAGGUAGCGGAAAUGGCUUCGGCCGUGGCUGGGGUGGAGGAGGUGGUGGAGGCGGUGGUGGUGGCGGUGGCGGUGGCGGUGGAGGAGGAGGAGGAGGUGGUGGUGGUGGAGGGGGCGGUGGGGGAGGAGGCGGUGGAGGAGGUCGUGGAGGAGGUUGGGUAGGAGUAGGCGGAAGUGAUGGGAAGGGCGGAGGAUGGGGCUUUGGAUGGGGAUGGGGAGGUGAUGGACACGGCGGAAACGGCGGUCGUUGUUGGUAUCCCGGUUGUGCUAAAAAACACAACGGGAAGUCAUAGCUAAAUCAGACAUACACUAAGAGCUAAAUAAUAUGCAUUUUAGCCAUGCUUUGUCACCACCACAUACACAAUAAUUCCACUGUUUUGUAACCUCUUUUUUUUCUUUCUUUGCACUUUUCCACGGCUUAAGAACAACACAAUAUGAUUAGUACCGUUGUUAAUUUCUUUGUAUGUUAUGUGCUUUGCUUGAAAAAACUAAAUAAUAAUGUUUCCUAUUU